GUCACUACCGGGCGCCGGGCGCGCUCUGCGGCGGCAGAUUCAAACGUUUCGGCCAGGGUCUCGGGGCCUGUGGGAACGUCUGAGUCGGGGUUCUUGGUGUACUCGCUGGCGUGAGCUUCAUUGCGGCGCAGGGAGGACCCGGGAAGUUGAGGCGGCGGCUGCCAAAACCCGAGGGCGAGAAUGGGGCUCUCCACCACGGUCUCUCAGAGGAAGAUGAUAAGGCGCAAGGCUCCUCGCGGCUUUCUAAAACGCGUUUUCAAACGACAGAAGCCUCAGCUUCGUUUGGAGACGAGUAGCGACCUACUGGUGCAUCUGAACUGUUUACUCUUUGUUCAUCGCUUAGCAGAAGAGUCGCGGAUAAAUGCUUGUGGGAGUAAGUGUGGGGUCAUUAAAAAGGAGCAUGUACUGGCCGCAGCAAAGGUAAUUCUGAAGAAGAGCAGAGGUUAGAAGUUAAAGAACACAUUUUUGAAAAUUGUAUGAUGUAUUAUUUUAGGUGGUAACAGAUCAUGAAAGCACUUUUUAUAAAGCAGUUAAUAUUGUGUAUUAAAAUAUUUGCUAGUUGAA